AUGUUUCGAGAUAGAACAAACUUGUACAUCUCGUACCGCCGCACCUUCCCUCACCAUUCCAAGACCAAGUCGUCCCAAGUGGACAGAUUCCGGUCAAUCAACCGCGAGGAGGAGGGGUUGGGGCUUAUGAACUACAGAGACGAUGGAAAUGACAUGAUUUUAGAUGAAUUCCAAUCGCCGUUGCUUCCGCCAGCGUUUCACGAUGUGGGCAUGGAGAUCGAUGACUCUUUGAAGGCGAUCGACCAACAGAUAGCCAAGUUGAACUCCCUCUACAAGAAAAACCUCCUCCCGGGCUUCAAUGACAGAUCGCUGGACGAGGAGGAGAUUGAAAAGUUAAACUACAUGAUCACACGAAAGUUCCAGAUCUGCUACAAGUUGAUCAAGAAGUUUGACUCGUUGAAAGAACACUUGACGGUGCAGAAUGAGUUGGUCAUGUUGGAAAACAUGAAGAAGAACUAUGCCAUUAAGGUCCAGCUGACAACCUCUACGUUCCGAAAGUUGCAGAAUAACUACAUCAAGUUUCUCAAGGAUGACGAGUUCGAAGAGCAGCCGUUGAACAAGAAUAGCGAUGCCAUGCUCCAGGAGGAGGACGACGAGUUAUCCUCAAAGACCAUCGAAAACUACUCCAGACAGGCCCUAAAUCAGUCUCAGUCUAUGAUGCAACAGCAGCAGGGGGUCAGUCAGAGCUUGAUCCAACAGAGAGAACGUGAAAUCAGCUCUAUCGCGCAGGGUGUGCUCGAAGUGUCCACCAUCUUCAGGGAGAUGCAGAAUAUGGUGAUUGACCAGGGAACAAUUUUGGACAGAAUCGACUACAACAUGGCGAACGUAGUGCAUGAGUUGAAGGGGGCUGACAGGGAGUUGGACAAGGCUACAACCUACCAGAAAUCGACCCAGAAAUGCAAGAUCAUUUUGUUGUUAGUUUUGCUCUGUUUCAUGCUAUUAAUGAUUGUCAUUGUGAAACCGAAACACACAACCACCAUCGUGGAGGGAGAUAAAUCCAAACCUCACGCCACCGCGACACCCACCCCCACGGAAGGAACAAAGGAGCUGAACCGUAUUGGCGUAGAUCCUGUUGGCCAAUUGAUAUAG